AUCUAAAUUAUUUAAUCAAUUACACUGUUUUAAAUCGAUUUGAGUUAUGGCUAAAGGUAAGCUUUCAAACCGCCUGAAGAAGGAAAAAGCAAAAGUAAAAUUAAAAGCUAAGAAAUCUACCAAUCAGUUGCCAAAAGGCUUAAAUAUCACAAAUACAUCAUUUAAAGUAAAAAAAAUCCUUAUACGUGAACAAUUGCAGCAGCGAGAUGAAACGGAAAUAAUAAGCACUCAUAAACUCAAUAUCAAAGAUCUACUAACGCGUCUUCAGCAUCACAACUCGACAAUGAGAGGGGAAGCUUUGAGACAAUUAAAAGAAAUCUUGUUGCGAUACCCUCCAAAGACUCUACAUUCACAAUUGAGCUCUUUAUUACGUGGAGUUGCAGCUUUAUCUCUUGAUAAAGAGAAAGAUAUACGAAGAGAUUCAUUAACUGCUCUGAAUUUAAUUCUUAGUCCUAUCUCAAAGACACAGUUAAUGCCCUUUCAUGAAAUUUUAAUCUCUUAUUUAAGUUGCGCUAUGACGCAUAUUGAUUUGCAUGUGAAAGAGGAUUCUCUUCUUUUUUUGGAUGUGCUCAUACAAAAUUGUGGGAAUAUAUUGGCAAAAAAUAGUCAUAAAAUAUUACCUAAUUUUUUGGGCAUGAUAUGCAGCUUACAUGGUGAAGUUAAGCUGAACAGACAAUUAACGACGACUUUAAAGUCCAAAAGUACUAGUGUAAAGUGGAGGAUUAAAGUUUUGGAACGUUUGGCUAACAUAUUCACUUCUGUUAUAUACCACGAAAAACUUCGCAUGAAUACGAUUCCGACGUUGACUGUAGAAGCGCAAAAAUAUACCGAAUAUGUUCCCGUUUACGGUGACAGUUCGAUUCGAGAUUGCGAAAUUGAUCUUGACAAAGAUUUAAGUUCAGUAGCGAGUUGUACGAAAGAAACUAUAUUUAUAGAAGAAUUUGUAAAAUAUGUAGGUUUAUUAAUGCCACUGAUGUUUGGUAUUUGGCUCGAAGUAUGUCCGGAUGAGAAAAUUGAGAAUUAUACUGAAAUUACGAAUUUCGGCGAAGUUGCCGCAUUAUUGAAAAAUAUCGUUGAAAUUAUACAAUCGAUUACUGAAUACAUUGAUAUGUUGGAAUGCAACGUCUAUGAUGCUAAAUAUACGCACUUAAAGUAUUGGUUUAAAGAUACAUUUCAUAAUUUAUAUAUGAAGAAUUUCCUGUCGAGAUUUCCAUAUGAAAAAGCGAAACAAGUUAACGAAUCCAGAAAACGGCAAGAAGAUUUUUCGCAACUAAAAUUUACCGAAGAAUGCUUAGAACAGAACUUAGGACUUUGUCAAAUUCAUAUAUAUUUUACAUCUCUAAUUAAUCGCAAUCAACAGCUUCCUAAGCUUACCAAAGACUAUUGUAUAUCCAUUGUGAAAUAUUUAAAUGGUGUUAUCGAAAAUUGGCGCGACUCACCUGCAUUACCGCAAUUGAUUAAACUUUUGAAGACUUUAUUUCUGAAAGCGGGUCCACUUUGGUAUGCAAACCGUGUUGAUUUAAAUGAUACUUUACAACUGAUGAUAGAAGCAUCUUCUCACCUACCUAGGAAAGAAUUCCAAUCGCAAUUAUCUCUGAUUAUUGGUGAUAUUUUGUUAGAUUGCAAUUUAAUUGCAUUACACAGAGAAGAGAUAUUCAAAAACUUUGUUACGAUCCUACCGAGCUUACUCUUAAGAUCAAGCAUAGACGAUAUGACAAUUCGAAUGAUUUGUCAAAUAGUUUUGCGCUUUAAGAAAUGGAUUCGGGAAGAACUGGUAACAAAACACGAAGCUAUUAUUGAAAAUGCUAAGAAUAUCAACAUUACAGGUUCACAUAGUGAUAGACAGUCCAGACUUAUGAUCUGUAAUCUAUUUUACUUUAUAGAUUCACAAAUUUAUUAUUAAAUAAAAAAUCGAUUAAAUUACCAAAAUUAAUAUCUUG